CCCCCCCCCCCCUUCAUCUAUUAUUAUUCUCUUAUUAUAUGGAAGGAAUGCAUUGAUCCGUAAAGCCCGAGAGAGAGUGAGAGAGAGAGAUUUAGGGAAGAAAUUAGUCGAGAAUGGAAGGGGUAUCGACGAGGGUGUAUAGAGGCCUGAAGGGGUACUGGCGGCGGAGAGGCUACGAGAAGCUUAAUGGCGGCGGCCGGCGGCGGAAGACCCGGGUGGAGCUGGCCCGGGCAGGCGGAGGCUCUAGCCGGAGGCGGCGCUUCUGGAGAAUAAAGAUCACUCCCAAGCUCCGCUUCUCCUUCUCCUUCUCCCCGAAGAAGCUGCUUAUCGGCCUCCGCGACGCCUACGUUAACUUCAUGCUCCGGAUCGCUAACUCCCCCGUGAUUAGCACCGGCUACGGCGGCGGGUUUGACGACUCCGUUUCCGGAUUUGGGAGGCGGCCGAUUAAGGAGUAUGAUGAGCGGAUGAUCGUCGAGAUCUACAAGUCCUUGCUGGCGGCGCAGGGCCAAUUGGUGCCCCUCGACGCUGCCAAUCUCGGCUCCCAGAUAGUUCACUGAAAGUUAGUUCUUCGCUUACCUUACGCCGAACGCCAAACAAUAACCACAAAUAUAUAUAUAUAUAUAUAAAAAAAAGAAUAAAAAUCUGCAGUUUCGCGUGUCCUUUUUUCUUCUCUUCAAUGUCUUCCCUUAUAAACGAUCGAUGUUUCCUCUUAGAAAUAAAUUGUCCAUAUAUUCUGCCUGAUUAGAUCGAUACCUCAUAUAGCUUUGUUCCUAAUCGUUGUUAUGGAAUGGAAAAAAAGCAAAAGUUGUUGAAUUGAAUCCACUGCCUUUUUGGGUAAA